AUGGCGCUUUGUGGCGCCUCUGGAACCUUUUUUCAUAGUGGCGCCCUACUCGUCGCCAUCCGCCACGAGCUCGUCGCCAUCCGCCACAGACUUGUUGCCAUCCGCCACGGACUCGUCUCCAUCCGCCACGGACUCGUCGCCAUCCGCCACGGGCUCGCUGCCAUCCGCCACGCUCUUGUCGCCAUCCGCACCAAAGCAAGGCUGGCGGCCAACCCGGACGUCUUGUCGGAGAAAGACGCGGCCGUGUUGAUGGGCUUGCAGUCCCCUGCUCAUCGGCUUGCCGCCGCCGCCGAGAGCCCCAAUGGGUCCCCGGGCGAUCAUAACCUCAACGAUCUUCAGCUUGGCGCCGCGUAG